AUGUCGAAGCAGCAUAAAUCACUCGGCAGCGAUGAAGAAAGCUCGUCAAGGCAGAUAAAGAGGAGAAAGAUGGAUUAUUCGUCUGAUUUGACUUAUGACGACUACUCUGUUGGGUGGCUGUGUGCACUGUCGAAAGAACAAACCGCAGCGAUUGCUAUGUUGGAUGAAGAACACCCAGUUCUUUCCAAGCCCCCUAAUGAUCCCAAUACAUACACUCUUGGCUCGGUUGGCAAACACAAUGUUGUCAUAGCCUGUCUCCCAAGUGGCAGGAUCGGUAACAACUCAUCAGCAACUGCCGCAAGCUGGAUGUUCUCCACUUUCCGGUCCAUCGAAUUUGGGGUUAUGGUGGGUAUUGGCGGCGGAAUACCACCUCAAGUUAGGCUCGGUGAUGUUGUAGUCAGUACGCCAACGAAUGAGUAUCCUGGGGUGGUUCAAUGGGAUAUGGGCAAAGCGCAAGGACACGGCACAUUCAAGCGGAUCGGGUCGCUCAACAGCCCGCCCAGCGCCUUGUUGACCGCUUUGGCAAGGCUAGAAACCGAGCAUGAAAUGAAUGGAUCGAAGGCAUCCCAAUAUUUAUAUGACCUGAGGAAAAAAUGGCCAAGGUUGUCAGCAAAGUAUGCACGACCUGAUCUGCUAGAGGAUGUACUUUUCAAACCAGAUUAUCAUCAUGUUACUCGAAAAGAUCCGGGAGACGGUGCUGUACAUUGCGAAUACAAGGAUGAUGAAGAUGGAGAUGAAGCAAGUUGUCGCUUUUGCGAUAAAGCUAUGACAAUAAAGACAAAGGCUAGAGACUCCUGCGUACACUAUGGUCUCAUUGCAUCUGGUAACCAGGUCAUCAAAGAUGCCAUAUUUCGAGAUAAAGUUAACAAGGCCCUGGGUGGCAGUGUCCGUUGCGUCGAGAUGGAAGCAGCUGGACUGAUGAAUGACAAGCCUUGGAUUGUCAUAAGAGGGAUCUGCGACUACGCUGACUCCCACAAGAACAAAAAAUGGCAGGAAUAUGCAGCAGCAAUGGCUGCGGCAUUCGCUAAGGAAUUACUCUCAGUGGUGUCAGUCAAAGAAAUUCGUAGAAUGCCUGUGGUUGAAGAGUCUUUUGCUGUUAGUUUCGCCUUGCCCGAAGCACCACUAGCCGACAGUUUUGUUGGUAGAGAAGAUGAACUUGCAUUAAUGGCCAAAGAUCUCCAGAGCAGUAAUGCUCGCCAGGCUGUAGUGUUACAUGGCCUAGGUGGAAUAGGCAAGACACAAAUUGCUUCCACCUAUGCAAGGCGAUAUCGAGAUUACUAUUCAGCCGUAUUCUGGCUUGACUGCAGAGAUAUUAAUACACUGAAGAAAAGCUUCUUGAACGCCACAGAUCGCAUACUUCGCGAUCACCCUUCAUUGCCGCACCUCAAAAGUAUAUCCAAAACUAAGAAUGUCGAUGAAGCCGUCGAUAUCGUCAAAGAAUGGCUCAAUUCCGCAAAUAACAAGAAGUGGCUUCUUAUAUAUGACAACCUCGACAACCCAAAGCUGCCAGGAAAUGACGAUCCCCAAUCCCUCGCCCUUGGCACGUUUCUACCAACAGUCGAACAUGGUGCUAUCAUUAUAACUACCAGGUCAUCACACCUCAAAGCUGGCAAACAGAUUCAUGUUCAAAAGUUUCGUGAAACUAGACAAAGCCUGCAAGUUCUCUCCCUUACAUCGCAACGAGACAACUUGGAAAAUGAUGCCCAUGCUCGAGAGUUAGCUCAUCAGCUAGACGGACUCCCACUUGCCCUUGCCGCAGCUGGGGCAUAUCUUUAUCAAGCCUCAAUGAGUUUCGCCGACUAUCUCUGUUACUACCGCGAAAAAUGGCUCCGCCUACAAGAGAGAACUCCAAGAUUGCCUUCAUACGAGCACACGCUUUAUUCAACAUGGGAUCUCUCACUGGAUCGUCUUAAACAACAGAGUCCAUUGUCCGCAAUUCUACUCCAAUUAUGGGCAUACUUUGAUAAUCAGGACUUAUGGCUCGAGCUUCUAAAGAAUUGCACUGAUGGUGUACCUGAUUGGUAUCAAGAAAUAACAGAAGAUCAAAUAAGCUUCGACAGCACAAUGAGAAUACUUUGUUCGCAUGGGCUAGUUGAGAGUAAUGCCAUCUCCCAUGAAAGGCUUAUGGAGUCCAGCGGAUAUAGCAUGCAUGGCUGUGUACAUGCGUGGACUGUAUAUGUUCUAAACCGCCAAUGGAAUUCUGAAAUGGCACAGCUUGCGGUGACGUGUGUGGGUAGACAUGUACCCUCGAGGCGCAGCUCUGGAUACUGGGCUACGCAGCAACGCCUCAUUCGACAUGCGAACCGGUGUUCUUAUAUAAUAGAGAAAGAAAUUGACAGUUGGAUCAAUGAUGUGUCAAUGUUCGGACAAAUAGAGUCAAUUGGGAGGCUAUACAAAAAUGUUAGCCAGCUACCCAAGGCCGAAAAGUUGCUGAGACUCGUCCUGGAUGCAAAGACAAAAAAUUCUCUAUUUGGCCCUAGUGAUCUCUCAACUCUUAACACCAUGGUUACCUUGGCCGAUUUGUACAGAAAACAUGAAAGGCUAGAUGAUUCCGAAAAAACAUAUUGUCAGGCGCUGCAGGCGCUCCAGGAUCUGUCUCAGGGUUGUGAUUCAUCAAAUCUUGAAAUAGUCCCUGAGAUAAUUGAUCGCCUGGGCAUUGUAUAUUGGAAACAGAAGAGGUUUCAUGAAUCUGAACAAAUGUUCGCGCGUGCUAUACAAGAAAAGGAAAAGAGAUUCGGUAAAGAUGACGACUCAACACUUCACACAACAAAUAACUUUGGCCUUCUGCUCAUGGAUCAAGGGAAGCUCAGUGAUGCGAAGAAGCUAUUCCAACGUUCUUUCGAAGGACAUCAGGAUAGAUUCGGCCCCGAUAAUAUAGCAACACUGAAUGCAUUGAAUAAUUUGGGGCUUCUAUGCACUCGUCAAGGCAACUUCAAAGAAGCUGAAAAGUUGCUUAAACAAGCAUUGGAAGGCUUCGAGAAAAUAUGCAGCGGCGAGGAAAUUUCACUACUCGAAGCCGUUGACAACCUGGGCGAGCUUUACGCCAAGUCAGGAAGACGAGAUGAAGCUGAGACGAUGUACGAGCGAGCGUUGGAAGGAUUUAAAAACAUUUUUGGUUCAUUGCAUGGCAGAUGUCAGGAGGUCAUGAAGAUCCUUGCGGAAUUAAAACAGGCACGACAUGAAGAAACAUUGGAACCUCAGGCCUCAUCACAAUGA